UUUAGACCGCAUUGCACUGGGCUGCCAAACAUGGGAACCAGGACGUCGUUAAACUAAUAGCGGGCACAUACAAGGCAGACGUGAAUGCAAGAACGAAUGGCGGCUACACUCCAUUACACAUAUCCAUGCAAUUUGGGCGUGCUGAUGUUUUUGAGCUACUCGUCAAUGUUUACAAAGCCAAUCGUGAUGUGGUGGACUGGAGUGGCAAUAAACCAUUGGAUUAUAGCAAACAAAGCACCAGCGUUUCGGCGUCAACCUUCAGCAAAAUCAAGGCAAAGAAAAAAUCUGCAGCCGAAAAAGAUUCCGGGUUCCUUCGGAUUGGUUCUUUGAAUGUCCGAGUGAAGAAGACAACCGAAGCGUUCAGCAACUUCUUGGGAGUGGGCAAUGGUCAUACACUCUCGCAGGCGGGAGCAGCAAGUCGCCUUCACCAGCGAUCUCACCGACACCAUCAGCAAGAUCAUCAUCAUCAGCAUCAUCCUCCCGGUGGUAUGACUGCACGGAAUCCGAUGAUGAUGAUGAUGAAGACGAAACAAUUAGGAACUGAAACAACUAUAAGCAGCAAAAGUAGUAGUAAAAGUAACAACAAAAAACAAAGUGUUUCCUCGCGUGCCAGUGUUCCUGUCAAUAUGAAUAGUUUAACGAGUAAAUUUGAAAAGUUGCACAAAUCAUGGGGCUCUGCCGACAAUAUACAAAAUAACGAAGACGAACGACGAGACGACAAAGCGAUUAUGCCACCACCGAAAAAUAUUGAUUCGUUUGUGAAGAAGAGGCAAAAACCGAUAGCAACACCAACAAUGCGCUCAUCGGUUACAUCGUCCCUGGUAACAGAUUCUCCACGCGAUUCCAUUUCAUCAUCGAAUUCCAGUACAAAUCUGAUUUAUGGCUACAGUAGUAUGCCUACGACGCCAAAUCAAAAACGAGCGCCUAUAGGUCGAGCGCCAUCCGAUAUGUUAAUGGACUCUGACUCGGAUUCCGCCUGUGGUUUUGAUGCGAAUUGGGCAAUGAGUGGUCGAACUUCGGUGAGCAGUGGAAAUUUGCAAGCUCCUCAGUGUUAAUUUGUACAUAUACAUAUGUAUAUAUAUAUAUGCUUAAAUACAUACAUACAUACAUAUGUAGUUGAUAUUUUUAAAAAUUCAGACAUACUUAUACACAUACAAA